UCUACGAUUUGUUUUGUUUGUUCUGUACCUUUAUCAAUUUGAUUGGUAAUACAUUAUUAUUUAUUAUCAUUUCUUUUAAUUGAAUCGUCAAGCACAACUUAUUCACACAAUAGUUGGUAAUCUACUUAUUGAGGACUGUUUCAGUUUCUUUGUGCGCAUGUUCGAAACUCCUAAUAGUAAAGAAUGGGCGACAGCGACGACGAAGCGAGCAACCGUGACUCCAAGUUCAACUUCACAACAUUUCUAUUUGGGAAUGUAGACGCCAACGGAGAAUUAGAAGACAAGGAGCUUCUAGACAGUGAGUCUCAAAAACAGCUAACAUGUCUGCCCAGGUUGGGCUUUAGUUCUUUCAUCAACGAAGUAAUCUCCAAUGAUGAUCUCAACAUUGAACGAGAUUUCUUGGAGGAGAAGCCAAACGGCCUGAAUGGUAUUAAAAAAGAAGAUGCAGGGUCAUUGGAUGGGUAUUCAAUCAAGUCCCCUUCUGCAAUCGACUUUUCAGAUAUUGCAGAAGCUGUGGAAGAAGAAUUUGAAAGUAUUCGGAACCAUGUCUCGCACGAUGUUGAUGACACCGACUAUGACUCGGACUCGCUAAAAUUGAGCUCUCUACCAAGGUCUUCAGCGGAGCUUAAAUGUGAAAAAAUUGAUGAGGACCUUCAAAAUGAGAAGGACAAAAAAUUGGAAACACCCCUGUCUGCAAUGCUGCCAUCAAAAUAUGCUGAUAUCGACGUUCGAGAGAUAUUCUCAGAUUUUCGAUUUGGCAAGGUUCUGAGGUUUUCUCGGUUGUUCGGACCUGGUAAGCCCAGCAGUUUACCUCAAAUUUGGCGUGGAGUCAAGAAACGCCGCAAAAAGAAGAAAUCACUCAAAGAAGACAGUCAACACUUUUCUGACUCUGACUCUGAUCAGGAUACUCAUAGCAGAGGAUGGAGUUUCAAUUACGCUCCCCCACCCUCCGUUGAUCAAAUUGAGUCAGAUGACGAAGAUAAAUUUUUGAAGCCUCUUGAAGACAAAGUUAGCAAGGAAACCCCUGACAAUGGCGAGAAUUCAGAUCUUGGCCCUAGAGCAGCUGACUGGCGGUUUGGACCAGCUCAGGUUUGGUAUGACAUGUUGGAAGUUCCAGAGACAGGCGAAGGAUUUAACUAUGGCUUCAAGUUGAAACCAAAGACCGAAGAGGAUGCAAGUUCCAAACAAAUCGAACCCUACCCUGAUGAUGUGUUUUUGAUGGUUUCUCAACUCCACUGGGAGGAUGAUGUAGUGUGGAAUGGAGAUGAUAUUAAACAUCAGGUGAUGCAAAAGUUAAAUUGCAAAACAAAUGCAGCUGGCUGGGUUCCAAGUAGUGGGAAUAGGACAGCGCAAGCAUUCAGUCAGCCUGGGAAGGGUAUUCCUCCUCUAGCCUCAGUAGGUGGAGUGCGGCCUGGCUUGAAUCAAAUGCCUCCUAACAGCAAGUUCAAUAUGAAAUCACAGAUGCUAAUGAAACAACAACAGUCACAACGAAUGGACGAUACCACCGAUGAUACUUGGUACUCAAUUUUCCCUGUAGAGAACGAAGAGCUUGUGUAUGGCUUGUGGGAAGACGAAAUAAUUUGGGAUGCUGAAGCAAUGACAAACAUCCCUAAGCCAAAAAUCCUCACUCUUGACCCCAACGAUGAGAAUAUUAUCCUAGGUGUGCCAGACGAUAUAGAUCCUGCUAAGCAAAGACUGGGUAGUACGACUCCAGCCAAAGUGAAAAUUCCUCACCCUCAUGUGAAGAAAUCCAAGAUUCUACUCGGGAAAGCAGGUGUUAUCAAUGUACUUGAAGAGGACACACCACCCCCACCUCCUAAGUCACCAGAUCGAGACCCAUUUAAUGUUUCUAAUGACAGCCACUAUCAACCAAAAUCACACGAAACAGUACUCCGUCUGAAAGUAGGUGGCGCAAAUCUAAUCCAGCAUUCAACACCAGUCGUGGAGUUGCGUGCACCAUUCAUUCAAACUCACAUGGGCCCUGUGCGCCUAAGGAAUUUCCAUAGACCUCCCCUUAAACGCUUUUCACAUGGACCGCUGGCUCAUCCUGGUCCGCACCCUGCUCUGCCAUUGCUUAAACACAUCAAGAAAAAAGCAAAGCAGCGAGAGCAAGAACGGGCAGCCUCAGGUGGAGGAGAUGUGUUUUUCAUGAGGACACCUGAAGAUCUCACUGGCAAAGAUGGUGAAAUUGUUCUGGUAGAGUUCUGUGAAGAGCAUCCUCCGCUCGUAAACCAGGUUGGGAUGUGCACAAAAUUUAAGAACUACUACAAACGUAAAGCGGGAAAAGACCAAGGACCACAAGACUUCAAGUAUGGAGAAAUAGCAUAUGCUCACACUUCGCCUUUCUUGGGAGUUCUUUCUCCCGGAAAGUCAAUUCAAGCAAUUGAGAACAUGAUGUACCGGGCCCCAAUCUACGAACACAAAAUCGUGCCCACUGACUUUUUAGUCAUUAGAACAAGGUACCAGUAUUGUGUAAGAGAGGUAGAUGCUACAUUUGUUGCAGGUCAGUUAUGUCCUUUGUAUGAAGUUCCAGGCCCAAAUUCCAAACGUGCUAGCAACUUUGUCAGAGAUUUUUUGCAGGUCUUCAUUUAUCGAUUGUUCUGGAAAAGUACUGAUGUUCCUAAACGUAUUAAAAUGGAUGAUAUUCGCAAAGCUUUUCCCUCUCAUUCAGAAAGUAGUCUGAGGAAACGACUGAAAUUGUGCGCAGAUUUUAAAAGAACUGGUUUGGACUCUAAUUGGUGGGUCAUCAGGCCUGAUUUUCGUCUGCCCACUGAAGAGGAAAUCCGUGCUAUGGUCUCUCCAGAGCAGUGUUGCGCAUAUUUCAGUAUGAUUGCCGCUGAACAGAGGCUGAAAGAUGCUGGUUAUGGUGAAAAAUUCAUUUUUACACCACAAGACGAAGAUGACGAAGAUUUACAACUGAAAAUGGAUGAUGAGAUUAAAGUCGCUCCAUGGAAUACAACUCGUGCAUAUAUUCAAGCGAUGAAAGGCAAGUGCCUACUACAGCUGACAGGGCCUGCAGAUCCCACUGGCUGUGGUGAAGGGUUCUCAUACGUUAGGGUGCCCAACAAACCCACUCAAAGUAAAGAAGAACAAGAAGCGCAACCAAAACGAAUUGUCACUGGAACAGAUGCAGAUUUGCGAAAAUUGUCUUUGAGCAAUGCCAAAAACCUCCUUCGGAAAUUUGGUGUUCCCGAGGAAGAGAUAAAAAAACUGUCCAGAUGGGAAGUGAUUGAUGUCGUCCGAACUUUAUCAACAGAGAAAGCCAAAGCAGGGGAGGAAGGAAUGACUAAGUUCUCUCGAGGCAAUCGCUUUUCAAUCGCUGAACACCAAGAAAGGUACAAAGAGGAAUGCCAAAGGAUCUUUGAUCUUCAAAACCGAGUUUUAGCCUCUGAAGAAGUUCUCUCAACAGAUGAAGGCGAGAGCACUGAUGAAGAUGGGUCGGACAUUGAGGAAAUGGGUAAAAAUUUGGAAAAUAUGUUGGCAAACAAAAAGACUAGCACACAGCUUUCCCUCGAGAAGGAAGAGCAAGAGAGGCGAGAGUUGCAGAAACUCAUGAUGGGUGAAGUUGACGAUAAAAAAUCAGACAAGAAAAAGGAUGAAGAAGAUAGCCAAUCGCUUAGUGGUUUCCCUGGUAUGAAACAGCAAGAACGCGUUCUCAAGAUUUACCGAACAUUCCGUGAUCCAGAAGGGAAAGAAUAUACACGAAUGGAAGUUGUGCGAAAACUGGCUGUGAUUGACGCUUAUGUAAAAAUUCGAUCAACCAAAGAUGAAGCAUUUAUCAGGCAGUUUGCAACUCCUGAUGAUGCACAAAAAGAGGAAAUGAAACGGGAAAAACGCCGUAUUCAGGAACAGUUGCGGAGGAUUAAACGGAAUCAAGAGCGGGAACGCUUUUUAACUGGCAGAGGAGGAGGGGGAGGCGGACUUGACUCGUUGGGAAGUAGCAGUCAGCACAAACAUCAUCACCACCACCAUCAUAAACACAAGCAUGUCAAGCAGCAUAUCAGUCCCAAGAAAAGCAGACCUCCAAAAGUCAGACCAGACCUCAAACUGAAAUGUGGAGCCUGCGGUCAAGUAGGGCACAUGAGGACAAAUAAAACGUGUCCACUGUACUCAGCAACUGGUGGAGUUCCUUUGUCUAGCCUACAGCAAGCGGAUGAGCCCAUAGAAGACAUGCCACGAGAAAUAAACAAAGAAGAAGAAGAUCUAGUCAAUAUUGAUGGCACAAAACUCACUGUGUCCAGUAAAGUUAUCAAGCAUGCCGAAGAAGCAAAACGCAAGUCUCUUCUGCUGAAAGUGCCCAGGGAUGCACUGAGAAUGAACAGGAAGCGGAAAGGAAUGGAUGAUCUACAUUGUGAUUAUCUCAAGAAACAUCACAAACCUACCAACAGACGAAGGACUGACCCGGUUGUUGUCCUCGCAACUAUCCUUGAGUCAAUUCUCAAUGAAAUGAGGGACUUGCGAGAUGUUCAGCAGUUUCUGUUCCCUGUUAAUGCCAAAGUUGUACCUGAUUAUUAUAAAAUAGUUUCAAGACCAAUGGAUCUCCAAACAAUACGAGAAAAUGUGCGAAAAAAUAGGUAUCAAAAUAGAGAAGAGUUCCUUUCAGACGUGAAUCAAAUCGUAGAAAAUUCAACAUUAUACAAUGGGGCGAAAAGUUCUCUGACAGUGGCUGCUAAGUCAAUGAUGUCAUUGUGUGUUCAGAGACUGAGUGAGAAGGAAGAGCGUCUGAUGCGCUUAGAAAAAGCGAUUAAUCCUUUAUUGGAUGAUAAUGAUCAGGUAGCUCUCUCAUAUAUCUUUGAGAGCAUUAUUUCAACUAAAUUAAAGACUCUUCAUGAUGCAUGGCCAUUCUUGAAACCUGUCAACAAGAAGCAAAUUAAGGACUACUACGAUGUCAUCAAACAACCAAUGGACUUGGAGACAAUUGCCAAAAAAGUCAGUGCUCAUAAAUAUCACUCUCGUUAUGAAUUCCUCCAUGAUAUCGAACUUAUUUUGAAGAACUGCGUUAUCUACAAUGGCAAAGAAUCUUCAUACAGCAAACAAGCUGAAAAUCUUGUGAAAGUUACCAAGGAAGCACUCGAAAGUUAUGAUGAUCAUUUAACAAAAUUAGAGUCAGACAUCAAUGCCACUCGGGAGCGAGCUCUAGAACAAGCAGAUUUUGACUCAAUGGGUCAAUGGCAGGAGGAUGAAAACUUCACCAUUGCUCAUAAAACUAGUCAGGAAUAUUACCAGUCAAACAGUGAAGAAUACACUCAGGAUACACAAGACCAACGCUCCUCAUCACUUACGAAAACAGAAACUGAUUUACUGGAAGAAGAUUUACGAUUUUCAAGUGAGGAGGAUAUUGAUGAGCCAGAUAACGACAGUCAACAAGUUGCAGAGGCAAUGAUGCAGCUAGGCAAUAUUGCCUAUUUUUCAGCCCCCAACGAAUCUGGUAGUAUGGAAGAACCUCAGAUUGUUCAAGAAGAAAGCAUGGAUGUUGACCCGAACUACGAUCCAUCAGAUUUCUUGAUGGAGCGAGAGUCGCAGGCAAAGCUUCAAGAAGCAGAGGGCACAAGUAUGACAGAGAAGGAGGAGGAAGAUUCACAACGAGAAGCAGCGGAUGAUCUGCCGUCUGGUGAAAUGGACAGUGAAACCAGUGGUUUGGUUGAGUCAAUGGUCCAGCCCACCCCCAAGCAUGAAGAUGAGGAAGCUGAACCUGGAGAUUUGUGGUUUUAAGAAGGAAACAAUCAAGUCACACACUAUCUCUUUUUUCUCUUGCUGAUUGUGAGCACCGUCCCAGUUUGCCAAAUUUUUGAGACUGAAGAUUUUUUAGGUUACCAAGAAGUUACCUACUUGUUCUUUAAUUCCUUGCUGCAGCUCUACCAGCGAUGAAAGAAAACUGUACUUGCUUUUUCUCUUCAAUCAAAUUGUUUGAUGAUAAGAAAAUAUUGAGGUACCCUCAUUUUUUUAUUACUGUAAAUUUGUAUGAAAUGAUCUCCAUGAUGCUGAGACAUCCUUGAAUGCCUCAAGAAGGAAACCUUUUUGGAAUUUCUUUGAAGUUCAGUAGCUGAUUAAAUGGUCCUAUUAAUGUAUGCACUAGUUUUCCAAAAAUAGUCUAUUUAAAUUAUAUAAUAUUUGUAUGUUUAUCGUUUGAGAGCACAUGUUUUUUUGAAAUUUUUUUUAUAUGGGUUAGGAUAGCAGCCACUCUCAUCAAAAUUUGAAAAAAAGCCCCCCCCCCCCUAACAAAUUUUGUGUGAAUUUUGAACAUGAGUUGGAUUUGCACUAAAUUCUUCAUAAAAUUUGGGAGAAAAAAUAUACCCCCGCCCCCCAUUUUCCCGAUGUCAAUUUUAUUAAUAGCCUCUACAUGCACACCAGAAUUGGAAAAACACAAGAAUUUGGAUAUGAAGUUAAUCAUUUUAAAAUUUGAUUCUUUAGCACAAAUAAAAAUGCAAAUAUAUAUCUGAUUUGUAAAUUUUUAUAAUCACACUAGAGCCAUCAAUUCUUCAUAUUUUUGUAAAAUGACUCUCUUUGUUUUGAAGGAACAUAAUUUAUAGAUCUCCAGGUUGAUUUUACCUCUUUAUAACCACGCAAACGUUGUUUGUGUGCGUUCUACUUUAAAAUAAUCGUAAAUCUAUCGUUAAAAGUAGAACAGAACAAAUAUCACAAACUGUAAUUUCAGUCACCUAUGUUAGAAUGUCUUUAAAUUACAUUUAAAUCAUAGCUGGGGCUGGAAAACCGUAUCUUUCAACUGCUAAUUUUGAUAAAAAUGAUUUAGUUACUGCCACAUUCUGCAGUAUAAAAUAUGUAAACCAUUAGAUUUUAGUUUUUUCCAACUCCGCAUUACUUAAUAAUCUGCAGUCAUAAUGACGCUCUCAUGUAUAAAAGAAAUUGCACACCUGGCCUUAAAAUGACAAAAAUGCCUUAGUUUUUUCUUCAUCCUGUAAAAUCGUCAGUUUGUAGGUAAUCUGUAUUGUUCCUUAACUCAAUGAUCUCGGUGAUUUAUUACCCUCCCAGGGAAUUUUUAACUUAAAAAUUGUCAAAACUUUGCCUCGUUGCAAUGGAGGAUUAAUCUUCCAUUGAUUUUAGCUACUCUGGUUGGAAGUCCUUAUCAUAUUUGUGUUGAAUCAUGAUCAGGAAGAUUCCUAAAUUAAUUAAGCUUGAGAGACUAUGUUGUAAUCCACAGCUCUAUAACCUCAGGAUGACUUAUAGUCAAAAAGAAGUUGAGAGGUUAAGAGUGGCUGAUACAUUCAAUAAUUUAUUUAUUUAUUCUCCUUUUCUUGUGUCAUUAAAAUAGAAAUGCAUUUUGAGGAAUUUUAAAAAUUGAUCUAUAUUGGUCAGUGGUCACACAGCUUCAAAAUUUCCAACUGACAUUUUAUUUUUGAUCAAAGAAACCUUUAAUUUUUGUAAAAAUUCUCAGAGAAUUAUAUUGAUUGAACAAAUUCAGGGAAGAGUUCUACAGGGCCCCAGACUUCCCAUUUAAUGCAAAAGAAAAAAAAUGUGAGCAGUCUACCAUUCUGCUGCCUUGCAUCCGCUUGUCUUAGAUUACUUUGAUGACAAAAUUACAAGGAUUCUACGCAAGAAAGCAGAACAUAUUUUUAAUUCCUCGUGAACGAGAGGUUACAUACAUUACUUUUCUCUGGUUCUAACUGGUUAUAAUUAUUUUUCCUCACUAAAAGUCAAAAGUGGCUAUUCUCCUUUGUUACUUUUAAAAUGUGAUAUGUAUGCAUGAAGAUGUGGUGACAUCAUCAGUAUGAAUAUAAAAAAUCAUCUGAAAAUAAAAAGUGUAAAAUUAAUUGUUUGA